UUGCAUGCGCAUGCGCCACGAUCGUGAUCGUUUUAGUGCGACUGUUAUGAGUUGCUGAAGUUUUGUUUUUUAUAUAACACACACGGAGUUGGAUUUGUCUGGAGUAUACGCUUAUAAUUGGCAUCAUGGCUUUUGAUGAUAUUCUUCUAACUUUGGGCGAGUUUGGAACGUACCAGAAAAUUACCUAUGCAUUAGUUUUUCUAUUUUGGUUUCCGGCAGCUGCAAAUGUUCUGGCGGUGGUGUUCUUGGCAGGACCAGCGGAUCAUUGGUGUAGAGUACCAGAAUGGGAUGACGCAAACUGCUCUGGAAUGGGACUGGAUGAGAGCGAUUGUGCAUACUACAAGAAGCAUCUUAGCAUUCCCCAUACAGUAGCAGACGACGAUACCAUUUUGUACGAUCAGUGUCGCAAGUACGAUGUAUCGCAGGUAUCGUUUGCGGAUGCGAUGACGUACUUUAAAGAAGGCACCAAUCAAAGUGAGAAUAUUUAUGACGUCAUUAACUGUGAUCAAGGAUGGAUGCAUGACAUGGCGUUAUCAACAUACACAUUUAUCCAGACGUUUGACCUGGUUUGUGACCGGAAAUACCUGGUCAAUUUGUCACAAUCAAUCUUCUUCGUUGGGGUCUUCAUUGGUUCUGUUAUACUUGGUGCAAUUGCAGACAGAUAUGGAAGAAAAAUAACGUUAAUAAUUUCAAACAUCAUCGUUGUCUUGUUUGGUGUCUGUGCUGCAUUUUCUCCGAACUACAUCACUCUUGUUACCCUGAGGGCGCUGUCGGCUGUCGGAUGCUUUGGGAUGCUUCUUAUAUCUACGGUUAUAGGAACUGAGUUUGUCGGCCCAUCGAAACGUGCCUUUGUGGGAAUCUUCAUCUCCGUGUCGUUUUCCCUUGGAUAUCUCCUACUCACGAUCUACGCCUAUUUUAUCAGAAACUGGCGCUAUCUUCUACUCUCGCUCAAUCUGACUUUCGCUCUGUUCUUCUUCUUUUACCCGUUUAUCCCUGAAUCGGUAAGGUGGCAGAUCUCCAAAGGUCGGUACAAAGAGGCGGAAGCUACCAUCAGGAAGGUUGCCAGAAUCAACAAAGUCAAUCUCCCGGAUGCCUUUUUCCACAAACACGACUUUUAUAAUUCAGGGGAGAAACAAGCUGAAAAGGAACGUGAUCCAACUCUACUUGAUCUUUUCCGGACACCGGUCCUGCGAAAAAGGACGCUCGUUUUGAUUGUUAUUUGGUUAACCAACAACCUCAUAUUCUAUGGCUUGCAUCUGAGUACCGGGUCCUUUGGAGUCAACAUCUAUCUGAGUUUUGUUAUCUCCGGAGUCGUAGAGAUCGUUUCUGUUUGUCUUUGUAUCCCAGCGAUAGAAUGGAUUGGUCGUCUCAAAAGUAUCAUAGCCUGCUUCGUCAUUGCAGGCGUGGCAAGUUUUAUUGCCAUAUUCGUCCCUACUGGGGUGGCCAAAACGACGAUCGGCAUGAUUGGAAAAUUUGGUAUCGCCGGGUCCUGGGCGAUUGGUGGUAUCAUUGUCCUUGAAGUCCUGCCAACUCCUACAAGGAGUGUUGGUAUCGGAAUAUGUUCCACGGCAUCCCGCAUCAUUGCUGUAGCAACCCCUCUCCUUCUCAUCCUCUACGAUGUUUGGGCACCUGGUCCCCUCGUUCUUCAGACCAUAGCUGCUUUAAUAACAGCGGGAUUGUGCUUUAUUCUCCCCGAAACCCGAGGCAAGAAGCUCCCCGAGACGCUGGAGGACGGAGAAACUUUCGGAAUAAAAACGCAAAAUGAAAAGGAACUUUACAGCAUGCAAAGUGCUCCGUUAUAAUUAUUUGGACGACCAGAUGCCGGAGGGGAUACAACAGGUAUUAGAGAGUUUUCGCAUAGCGAUGCAAGGAGGAUUCAAGGACAGAGAAAUCUUUUGUCAAAUGCCCUUCAUGACAUAGAUUGACCUAGAAAUUUAUGUCGAAAAUUUGUGAAUCAAAGCAGCAGGUUUAGUUUUUAAAG